GGAUAAAAGGAGAGUGGCAGCAGCAGGGGGUGAGCGUUUUGCAGAGGAGAGUCCUGCAGCCGCUCCAGUUCUAGCUCCGGUCUCGGUUCCUUUGGCCUCUGCAGCACCAUGAAGGUCCUCACAGCUGCGCUGGCCGCUCUGCUCCUGCUGGCCAUCUGCUCUGGCAUUGCCUCAUCCUCUGAGACAACAGAAGUCCCCAGCCUGUGCUGCUUCAAGUACAUGCAACGCCGUGUCCCGCUCAGAAUGGUCGCCUCUGCCUACCGCGUCAGCGGGACCUGCUCCCUGCCCGCCAUCGUCCUGGUCACCAAGAGAGGGGCCCAAGUGUGCACGGACCCCAAGGCGCCCUGGGUGCAGGCCUACCUGAGGCACUUCCAGAGCCCACAGAAGUGACCCUGCCCUGCUGCCGCCCCAGCGCAGCUCGGCCCCACGCACACGACAGGCUGCUCCAGCUGCAUCUGUCUGCAACCAGGACGCUUCUUCUAACCAGCCAACACCGCUCAUACUAGAUUUUGUUUGCUGAGCAAGUUGAAAUACAACCAAAAAGCCAUUCUGAAAGCAUCGACAUGCCUGUUAACGGAUCAGGACUUGUGACAGCUACCUAAAUAAAGUGGCUUGCUUAUCAUCAAA